AUGGAUCGUGCGAAGGCGACGCCCGUCUUGAACGGUGACGUUCGGGCGCUCAAUGUCGACGAUUGGAAAGGGACCCUCAAACCUAGGACACCUGCAACAGCCUUCCCAGAGCUGUCCGUCUCAAUGACGAAGGGAAGGCCCAAUCUUGGAGCAACAAGGAUGGGAGCGGUGGUGAGUGCUAAUUUCAGACAUUUCAUGGAGUUUUCACAUUCUGGGGUCCAUAUAAAAGGGGCAUCUUUCUUGGUUAAAGCGGUUAGAGGGGAGGCUAUAGCCGCGAAAUUAUGCACAAAUCUCCUAAAGAAGGAGCACAUACCUAAGAAGGCUUUGACGUCGGUGGGACUUCUAGGAGUGGGGUAA